GUGAGCCAGAAACACAUUUUACAAUAAUUGUAGAUAUAUGUUUUUAUUAUAAUUUAUUAUAUGAAAUUUGGAUAGGAUUUAAGUACGUACACUACAAAAAAAUGUUUUUGAAUACUAUUCGUGCAUUGUCGUCUACACUUUUCAAAGCGUCAAGUGGUUUAACAACCGCCAAUAAAAUUGUGUCUAACAAUGGAAGAAAUGUGUGCACCAGCCUUGUGAAAUAUAACGAAUUGUCUACUAAAGAUGAAACACAACGAGAUUCACCAAAAGAUAGGUCGACUGUGAUUUCGGCUGAAACUAGCAUUGAGUAUUUGAAAAGUGAUGCAUAUAAAGCUACUUAUAGAAAUGAUCCUGUUUGGAAAGAAUAUCGCAGAAAUCACAAAGGAAGUAUUCCACCAAAUAAAACUAGAAAAACAUGUAUUAGGUCUGAUAUGAUUGCAACUGGUAAUCCAUGUCCAAUAUGCCGUGAUGAAUACCUCAUACUUGACUAUAGGAAUGUGGAUUUGCUCAAACAAUUCAUAUCUCCUUAUUCUGGAAAACUAUUGUCCUAUAAAUUAACUGGAAUUUGCCAAAAACAGCAUGAAAAUUUGAUAGUUGCCGUAAAAAAAGCCAAAGACUGGGGAUUCAUUAAAUUUGAUCUUCCAAUUAAACAUUACAAUUAUGAUGAAUUUAAAAAUUCAAAUUAGUAUAAUGUUUCAAACAUAAAUAAUGUAAUUGAACUUGUAUAGAAAUACACGUUUGAUUUUGUAGCUGCACAUUUUUA